AUGCCACUUCUAGAACCAAGCGAGGUUGUCGCGCUAGGGCUCUCACCUAAGGACAUCCCAGCACAUAAGCCUCAGACACCCCGGAAGGGCGCUGGUCAUGUUGGAUCUUCUACUGCCCGUGUAACCAUGGCCCAAACGUCGACACGGCGUAAAGCUCUAUAUCACAGAAAUUUGAUUUCAACCUCGUCUCGGUCUUCGGGCCGCUCAACUUCGAACUCUUCCUCUUCGAAUCCGAAUUCGAAUUCUGCUUCUCCAACCUUAUCGACUUCUAGAUUGGCCUUUGGCGCCGGGGCUAGGACUAGGAGCAGCUUCGAAGUGUGUAUUCCGAUACCUUCGAAGAGGGAACAAGCUGUCCUUCAACGGUACGAAAGAUUUCCAGAUGCAGAUAUCGCGACGGAUGUGGAAAUAAUACGGGUCGGGGUCAAAGAUGCACAAGAAUGGACCCAGGACGAUCCUAUCGGCGAGACUCAGCCGGAGGUACUAGGUCACUCGAGUGGGCCCAAUGGCUUGUCCGGUACGGAUAUUGAUCUCGAUAUGAGCGAAAAACGGUCUACUCUCGGUAAGUUAGUAUUCAAUAUUACGAAUGGAAAAGGGACAUAUUAG